CCCUGUAACGUCGGAAUAAAGACUGAACACGACGGACAUGCAAGAGACAGAUUCGUUUUUUGUGGAAUAUUCGCAAAAGAACCAUCGAUCCCUGUGGAUUUCUGUUUUCCUUUCUGCUUUUUGCGGGGGCUAAAUUACCGUUAUAUAUGAGAAUUUAUAUCCGUUACAUGGAAUACAACAACACAUUAAACCCCACAUUAAAUCGGAUGUAACAAUGGCGAGGCAAGUACUGCUGUUUCUGUCCGUCCUUUCUUUCGGCUCCGUUCGUGGUCAGGUGAGCUAUUCUAUUCCGGAGGAGAUGCCUAAAGGAUCUCUGGUUGGAAAUAUAGCUCAAGAUUUAGGUUUACAGAUCAAGCGUCUAAUUACUGGUAAAGCUCGUAUUUAUACCCGAGACAGUGACGAGUACGUCGAGCUGAACAGAGACAGAGGAGUCCUCCUUGUUAAAGAGAGAAUCGACAGGGAGACGCUCUGCAGACAGACGACGCCUUGUGCUUUACAUUUUCAGGUUAUAUUAGAGAAUCCUAUGGAAUUUUACAGUGUCACAGUUCAAAUUACAGACAUCAAUGAUAACUCGCCAAUCUUUAAAAAGGCUGAAAUGAACUUUAAAAUUAGUGAAUCCAUGAUGAUCGGCGCAAAAUUAGUACUGGAAAGGGCUGUAGAUCCCGAUGUUGGAAUUAAUGGUGUCCAUGGCUAUGAAUUAAAACCAACAGAUAAUUUCGUUUUGAAGCUCCAUAACAACGCUGACGGAAAUAAAAAUAUUGAAAUGGUUUUACAGAAACCCUUAGACAGAGAAAAACAGGAACAGAUAUCCCUUGUAUUAACGGCUGUGGAUGGAGGAGAACCACAGAUGUCAGGAACAAUGCAGAUUAUCAUUACAGUUUUAGAUGCAAAUGAUAAUGCUCCUGUUUUCACUCAGCCCACAUACAAGGCUACAGUGACGGAGAAUUCACCAAAAGGCACAGUUGUGGCUUCCGUCACAGCCUCAGAUGCAGAUCAGGGUUCCAAUGGUAAAAUAACAUAUUCAAUUACUAAUGCAAUAGAUGAUGACAAGAAAUUGUUCGAGGUCAAUAAGGAAACUGGUGAGGUAACUUUAAUAGGAGACAUUGACUUUGAAACCUCCCGAAAUCAUCAAAUACAUUUACUCGCUAGUGAUGACGGUGGGCUUACAGAUUCAUGUAAAUUGCUCAUUGAUGUACAAGAUAUAAACGACAAUAAUCCUGAAAUUAACAUAAUGUCAAAAACAAAUGUAAUAUCAGAAGACGCAAAAGUCAACACAGUCGUGACGAUGAUAAAUAUUGAAGACAAGGACACUGGAGAAAACGGGAGGGUACAAUGUUCUCUGAGGGAAAGUGUCCCAUUUGCUUUAAAGACAUCAACAAAUAACUUCUUUAGUUUAGUCACAGACAGUGAUUUAGACAGAGAGGGAGCUUCUGAAUAUAAUAUAACUGUGACCUGCUCUGAUGAAGGAUUACCCUCCCUCUCCAGCAGCGUCACUCUCACCUUACAGAUCUCUGAUGUCAAUGAUAACCCUCCUGUCUUUGAGAGGAGCUCAUAUGAGGCCUACAUUGUAGAAAACAACACACCUGGUCUCUCUAUAUUCACAGUGAAAGCCACAGACGCUGACUGGAACCAGAAUGCCCGUGUUUCUUACAUACUGGAGGACUCCUCUGUUAACGGAGUGCCAGUCUCCUCAUAUGUGUCCGUUAGUGCUGAUAGUGGAGUCAUCCAUGCAGUGCGUUCUUUUGACUACGAGCAGAUCAAGGAUUUCAAGUUUUGCAUCAAAGCUCAGGAUGGAGGCUCCCCUCCACUCAGUAGUAAUGUGACUGUGAAAAUAAUGAUCCAGGACCAGAACGAUAACGCCCCUCAGGUUCUGUACCCAGUCCAGACUGGUGGCUCUCUGGUGGCUGAAAUGGUGCCUCGUUCAGCAGAUGUGGGCUAUCUGGUCACUAAAGUGGUGGCUGUUGAUGUGGACUCUGGACAGAAUGCCUGGCUCUCCUAUAAACUGCAGAAAGCCACAGACAGGGCGCUGUUUGAGGUGGGUUUACAGAAUGGAGAAGUCAGAACUAUCCGCCAAGUCACUGAUAAAGAUGCAGUCAAACAAAGACUGACUGUUAUAGUGGAGGACAACGGACAGCCCUCUCGUUCAGCUACAGUCAUUGUAAACGUGGCGGUGGCGGACAGCUUUCCUGAAGUGCUGUCUGAGUUCACUGACUUUACACACGACAAGGAGUACAAUGAGAACCUGACUUUUUACUUAGUGUUGGCUUUGGCUGUAGUUUCCUUCCUCUUCAUCACGUGUGUGGUGGUCAUUAUAUCAGUGAAAAUCUACAGAUGGAGACAGUCUCGAAUCCUGUAUCACUCCAAUCUCCCAGUGAUUCCAUAUUAUCCACCACGUUACUCAGACACUUUGGGGACAGGGACUCUCCCACACGUGUACAACUACGAGGUGUGCAGGACGACUGACUCCAGGAAGAGUGACUGUAAGUUUGGCAGAGCUGGUAGUCAGAACGUGCUGAUAAUGGACCCCAGUUCAACAGGGACGAUGCAGAGGAUACAGAGUGAAAAGAGCAUCCUGGAUGAACCAGACUCUCCUCUAGAGGUUAGAAACAAAUUAUCUUUCUCACAUUUAUAGCUUCAAGGUUA